UGAUCACAUAUGCCUUGGUAGACAGUGUACUUUGUUUGACUUUUCAUUAUCACAGAACGCACCAACAUUGAUGAUGCAAGAUAUAUUAUUGUCCGGACGUAUAAUCUAUGGGUCCUGGCCAUGUUUUUUUGGAUCAUAUCUAUGAAGACAACAUAAGAACCAAUCCUUGUGUUGAUCUUCAAUCCCACACCUCUUGUGUCACUUUCUUCAUUUCUCUUCUCAAAUUCUCAAGCUCUUUUUACUGUUUUUCUUGUCACAGAUUCAACUCUAUAAAUCUCACUAUAUUAGUAUAGUCUCCAAGGCUCAACUAAUAAACUUAAGAAGUAGUGAGUUAUCAAUGGAGAAGAACAUCAAGAGAUAUGAUGUGUGGAGAUCUUUGAAAGAUGGAGAUUAUCAAGAAGAAGAUGUGUGGGAUGUUCUUGAUGGAUAUCAUCAACCCUCGUUGAUGAUCAGCAACCAUACGAGUAAACCCUCUUUACUAGCACAAACUUUUCUUUCGAGUGAGCCUAGGAUGAUUCCAGAGAGGGAGCGCAUAGAAGAAAUGGCACAUAUGGGACAACACUCGGCUCCUGUCAAUGUUCCAGAGUGGUCGUCAAUGGUUCACAGAAAGAAGACAAAGAAACUAGAGGAUGAUGAUGAUGAUGAUGAGAAUGUAUCACCGGAAGAGUAUUUUCUGCGGCGGAGUCGGUCAUCAUCGUCGUCCUCGGUUAUGGAAGGAGUUGGAAGGAAAUUGAAAGGAAGAGAUUUGAGCAAAGUCAGGAACGCAGUAUUGAAGAAAACUGGAUUUCUUGAAUAGACAAAAGAUUGUAGAUUAUUAUAUAUUUAUAUGUUUAUAUAUAUAUAUGAAUGGUCUAUAUAUAUUUUCACUAUCAUUAGAUUUUUUUUCAUUAUAGGAACUAUUAGAAUUUUCUUUUAAAAUCUUUAGUUUGUUAAGGUGGAUGUAUGUAUGUAUUAAUAUGUGAUUUAAUUUGGCAUAAUAAAACAAAGGUCUAUUAUUGUUGAAA